UGACCCAAGACCCGUCGGAAAAUUUAACGAUUUUUGAAAAUAGAAAAUUUAGGUGGUCGUGGGGACCGAUUUGGUUGCAAGGUCGUGGGGACCGAUUUUGGGAAGCUCGGGACAGCAAUGUCGUGAAGUGAGGGGACCGUUUCAUGUAUUGUGUCCAAAUGGGGAACAAGGUCAUUUAUAACCCAAAUUGCAUAAAGGGCAUAGUGGUCCAUUCAAGUCAAAAAGGGAGCGUUACCUGGUAAUUUGGGAGCGGCAAAUAGCAGUUGAGUUUAUUUAUCAGCUGAUGCCAUUGCCCUGUUCAUCAUUGGGUUGAUUUCCCACAACCAAGAUGUUUCUCCACAGAAGACUGAGCUACACGCAUUUUGGUCGCCAUUUCUUCUUUUACAUCUCGGUGGACCGGACACAAUUACUGCCUUAUCUCUCGAGGAUAAUGAGCUGUGGCGUCGACAUGCUCUUCAGUUGGCCACCCAGUACUUUGAGCGAACUUGUGCUCUAUUUUUUGCUAGCUCAGACAGUUUUAGAGAAUCCCUUGUGUCCAAACCUGAGCCCGGGCCUAACUAUGCUAGGCUAAUGGAAGAGUACUAUUCGGCGAAGAGUGCUCAUAUUCCCACGAAGUUUGAAGGUGAAAAUGGUCUCUCAGGCAGUAAAUCAAAACUAUUUGAGGGACGAAGAGAUGGUCCUGAUGACGAGUCACAAUCCGUUGGUGAUAAUGCUUCAUCUACAAUGGAUGGUGAGCCAGUAACAAACGAUGAGAAUCACUUGGAAGGUGGUGAUGUGAAGGAAACUGAUGAUAUGAUCAAAAGUGCUCAUGACUUUUAUAAAAUGUCUAUGCCCCUCUUAACUGAUGGAUUUUUGAGCUUAAAAGAUCGCAGUAAAAACCGCGCCUUUUUUUUAGAUAAGCAAAGGCCUUGUGAGCAAGCUUUUAGAAUCAUACAGAUUGAGCUCAACUUAAUCUAUGAUAUUUUCUAUACAAAGUUGUUCUUGUUUCAAAGGAAUAGAGCUUAUGCUCGAGUUUUGUGCCUUUUUUUGGCUCUUGCAUCCCUUUUAACUUUCUUUUUUCAAGACGGGGGCAAAUACUCUGAUCAUCAUGUUGAUGUGAUAGUAACUUUCACAUUGCUUGGUGGUGCUAUAGCCUUGGAUCUAUUGACUGCUGUUAUGUUUGUGUUGUCGGGUUGGUGGGUUAUCUUAUGCUUUGAUGGUAUGUCUAAAACCUACCUACAAUCGCUUAUGCAGAUGAUCCUUAGAUGGUCAAAAUGGGCUAGACAACAUAACCGUACAAGGUGGUCUAAUUCUAUCUCAAAAUACAAUUUAUUAAGGCGUUUUAGAAAACCCUCUUCAUUGUUCAACUUGAUAUACUUGUUUAAAAUAAAGGAAAUCAGGGAUGUUUUAGUUGGAAUCCUCUAUGUCAAAGAAGAUCAGAUUGAGGAGGAUCUUAUCAAAUACUUAAUAGAAGGGCUGAAGUCCAAAGCUAUAGAAGCAGAAGAAAUGGCGGUAGCAAAGAAGGUUUGUUCUGCUAGAGGGAAUUUGAUUUUGCAAAAAGAUUAUUUCCUUGCUUCAGAGUGUUUAAGCCCUUGGACCGUAGAUGUUGAUUAUGAUGAAAGUUUGUUGAUUUGGCACCUCGCAACUGAUAUCUGCUACUGGACUACAAGUGACGAUAAAGAUGAUGCUGGUUCAUCAGAAUCAAAGGAUCGUAGAUUCAGCAAGGCACUGGCAGAUUACAUGGCAUAUGUUAUACUCAGGCAGCAGAAGAUGGUGUCUGCACUAGUGGGUAUGUCAGAGACUCGAUUUGAACACACUUGUGCAGAGGCCAACAAGUUCAUGAAUAAUAACUGCAUCAACGUCAGCUGGCUUGAAGAUUGCUGGUGGAAGGCUAAGAGGUUCAGGUUCGCGUCAAGCCAAGACAAGAAGAGUCCCUCAGAAAAAGCAGAAGCUGAAUUCUUCAAGAAGUUUAGUGAGAAGGUGCUUCAAGUAAAGGCGGAUGUACAGCCUUUAAAAGCCAAGGGUGAUAAAAGCAAAUCAAUACUCUUUGAUGCAUGUCGCCUUGCUAAGCAACUGGAAUUGUUUGGAGAAAAGCAGUGGGAGAUAACAGCUAAGGUUUGGGUGGAACUGCUAUGUUAUGCUGCUAUUCGCUGUUCACCAAGAUCGCAUAUUGCGCGGCUAAGCAAAGGUGGAGAGCUCUUAACUUUGGUGUGGCUGUUUAUGACUCAUCUUGGCUUAGGGGAGCGCUUCCUGCAGAAUCAGGGCUUUGGAUGGACUAAACUUAUUAUUCACAAAUAAAAUAACACCACUUGCUUGAUAAUGUUGUAUUGUUAUAUGUUCUAGUAAUGCAAGUCUCAUGCUUAAUUAUGUAA